CGAGUCCCGCGCGGCGCGCACCCGAGGGGGGUCGGGCGGGGAAGCGGUGCCGGCCCGGACCCCCCGUGGGAACAGGCGACGGGCGUGAAGGCGAGGCGACGGCAGCGGACGGGGAGCAGCGGCUGCCGGAUUUCUAGACUACUGAAAAGAAGGUGCUUUCAGAGCUGGAGAUGUGAAAAAAACUCCUGUACCAGGGCUCACAGACCAUCUUGAGGAUUCCAUCCAGGAAACUACAUUGGAUUUGGUUAUUAUGUCUCCUUAGGCUCCUCUUGGCUGUGACAGUUUCUCAGACUUGCCCUGUUUUUGAUGACCUUGACAGUUUUGAGGAGUACUGAUCAGAAAAUGACUGUGGUGUUGGAAGAUCAUUACUUUUGGAAGGCUCAUUAACAUCCAUUUCCUGAGAGAAAUUUGACCACCAUUUGCUCUGGCAUGGCGCAAAGCAGUCCACAGCUUGAUAUUCAGGUUCUCCAUGAUCUCCGACAACGUUUCCCUGAAAUUCCAGAGGGCGUCGUGUCUCAGUGCAUGUUACAGAAUAACAACAAUCUUGAAGCCUGUUGCCGAGCCCUUUCCCAGGAGAGUAGCAAAUACUUGUAUAUGGAAUACCAUAGUCCAGAUGACAAUAGAAUGAAUAGACAUCGACUUUUGCAUAUUAACCUGGGUAUCCAUUCUCCUAGUAGCUACCACCCUGGAGAUGGAGCUCAACUUAAUGGUGGUCGAACUCUGGUACAUAGCUCAAGUGAUGGACAUAUUGAUCCACAGCAUACAGCAGGUAAACAGCUGAUAUGUUUAGUUCAGGAACCACACUCAGCUCCAGCUGUUGUGGCUGCUACCCCCAACUACAAUCCAUUUUUUAUGAAUGAACAGAACAGAAGUGCAGCUACUCCUCCUUCACAGCCACCUCAACAGCCAUCUUCCAUGCAAACAGGAAUGAAUCCAUCUGCUAUGCAAGGGCCUUCUCCACCACCACUGCCACCUCCUUCAUAUAUGCACAUACCUCGGUAUAGUACAAAUCCAAUUACUGUUACAGUAUCCCAGAACCUCCCUUCUGGACAGACUGUACCAAGAGCUUUACAAAUUCUUCCACAAAUUCCAAGCAAUCUCUAUGGGUCUCCUGGUUCUAUUUAUAUUAGACAGACAUCUCAGAGUUCAUCAGGAAGACAAACGCCUCAGAGUACGCCAUGGCAGUCCUCACCACAGGGCCCAGUGCCUCAUUAUAGCCAACGUCCUUUACCUGUUUAUCCACAUCAACAGAACUAUCAGCCUUCUCAGUAUUCUCCCAAGCAACAACAGAUCCCUCAAUCUGCUUACCAUUCACCACCUCCUUCUCAAUGUCCUUCACCCUUCAGCUCUCCACAGCAUCAAGUGCAACCUUCCCAGUUGGGCCACCCGAGUUCCCACGUCUUUAUGCCACCUAGUCCUUCAACUACUCCACCCCAUCCAUACCAACAAGGACCUCCUAGCUAUCAGAAACAGGGAAGCCAUUCGGUAGCCUAUCUCCCAUACACAGCAUCUAGCUUACCCAAAGGUUCCAUGAAGAAGAUAGAAAUUACAGUUGAACCUUCUCAAAGACCCGGGACAGCAAUUACUAGGAGUCCUUCACCCAUCAGUAAUCAGCCAUCUCCACGGAAUCAGCACUCACUAUAUACAGCCACCACACCACCUUCAAGUUCUCCUUCAAGAGGGAUAUCUGGUCAACCAAAACCUCCAUUUAGUGUUAAUCCUGUGUAUAUUACAUAUACACAGCCAACUGGACCUUCAUGUGCUCCAUCACCAUCUCCUCGGGUGAUACCAAACCCAACUACAGUUUUUAAAAUUACCGUAGGCCGAGCAGCGACUGAAAAUAUUUUAAAUUUAGUGGACCAAGAAGAGCACUCUGCAGCACCAGAACCUAUUCAACCCAUUUCAGUGAUACCAGGCUCUGGGGGAGAAAAGGGAAGCCAUAAAUAUCAGAGGAGUUCUAGUUCUGGAUCAGAUGACUAUGCCUAUACACAAGCCUUGCUGUUGCAUCAGCGAGCAAGGAUGGAGAGGUUAGCAAAGCAAUUGAAACUUGAGAAAGAGGAGCUAGAGCGGUUGAAGGCUGAAGUGAACGGUAUGGAGCAUGACCUGAUGCAGAGACGGCUCAGAAGAGUCAGCUGCACCACCGCGAUCCCAACGCCUGAGGAAAUGACAAGAUUGAGAAGCAUGAACAGACAACUCCAGAUAAAUGUUGACUGUACACUGAAAGAAGUUGACCUCCUUCAAUCUAGAGGAAACUUUGAUCCAAAAGCCAUGAAUAAUUUUUAUGACAACAUAGAACCUGGCCCAGUUGUACCACCCAAGCCAUCUAAAAAAGACUCCUCAGACCCCUGCACAAUUGAGAGAAAAGCCCGAAGAAUUAGUGUGACCUCCAAAGUACAGGCAGAUGUCCAUGACACCCAGGCAGCAGCUGCAGAUGAGCAUCUAACUGGCACCAAACAAAGUCCUCGGACACAUCCCCGAGAUGAAGACUACGAAGGGGCUCCAUGGAAUUGUGACAGCUGCACCUUUCUCAAUCACCCAGCACUAAAUCGCUGUGAGCAGUGUGAGAUGCCGCGGUACACUUGAAGUCAGAAGAGUUGGCACCAAGUUGAGAGUGAAACUUUGAGCACCCACCAGAAAAAAAGGAAACCUCGGGAAUCUGUUCAUCUGCCCAGCCUUUUCAUUUCCGAUUGCACAGGAGGAAAAGGAAUGGCAUUGUGGUCGCUGUGCUCAUGAAAGGGAAAAUGGGGAGGUGUUUUUUUUCCUUUCUCAACUCACUGCAGAGUGAGAGAUAGAAAGGGAUACUUGAAACUGGGAAAGGAAUCACCCCUGAAAGAAUGUGUGUAGAUAAGUCAAGAGCUCUUCUGUGGAAUCUCAAUUGUUAAAGUUACUGCUGAAUAGCCCUUAUUUUUUAAACUAGAACUUUGAAUCGUGGUAUGAAAUGUUACAGUUUAUGCAGACAAACUGUGAAUUCCCAGAGCAGACUUACAUGGUCACAGCUCUCUGGAAAACCAAGGCUCCCCAUGCUUCACCCAGAAUAUGAUUUUCUUUUUGGACAAGAUGAUAAGGGUAUUUGCAAUUGCUGCUUUUUUCAGGGGUAAAUUCAAACACAUACAUAUACACAAACAAGAUGUUUUAAAAUGUGAUUUGUAGCAGUCAGGAAUUAGGCAUAUUAUGCCCUUUGUUUGAAAGUACAAUCAGAGGUGAUAAGAUCCCUUUGGCUUGUACAAUGAUUCAUCAAGCUGUAUCAACACUGGUAACUAAGACCUAAUUAUGCCACAUAAGAGAUAUAUUUUUUAAGUUACUGCAUGCUUUUAUUAGGCUAUUCGUUUUAAAAAUAACAAAUAGGUCCUUAUAAAGUAUGAUUUUAUAAAUGACAUUCUUGUAAAACUGCGCUUUGCCAAUAGCACAGUGAAUGUAUGCCAAAUGUAAGUCCAUUCCAAAAUCCAUUUGGAAAUCUUGAGCUCAGCUGUGGUUCUUAAGAAAUGUUUGCAGUCCAUAGGGCCUUUUUUUUCCUCCCAAUUUUGUUAUGAAUUCAUAAUGUUUACAGCACAGAUAAUACUUUGUGCCAUAUUCCUAAUUUAGUUGGAAAAAAAUCAAUAUUAGCUGUUCAGUAAAGAUUUAUGUGCACAUAUGUGAAUAAACUAAUGUGAGGGAAAUUAUAGUUGGCCAAUAUCAUAAAGUUGCACACUGCAUUAUUUGGGGAGCAAGAGAAGGCUACUCAAGGAAUAUUAUUAAAAGAAAGAUAAAUACAGAGGACUUUGAAACAAAGAACUUUUUAAAUUGAACAUAGCUGUAUUCAGCGAUCAUAUUGAGUUCAUUCAGGCAGUUCAGGUAAUAUUAAAACACUCAUUUAUGAAACAGAACUUCAAGGUGUGGAUAACUGAAGAGAUGUAAAAUCAUGUGACUCAUUAGGGUACAUCACUGGACAAUUAAUAAUAGCACAUUUAAUUAAGGUCUCUGCCAUUGUUGAAUUUUCUUCUUAGCUCAGUAUUGGAUUUUGGAAUCUCCCCUCAUUUUGGUGAAUAUAAACAGCAAUAAAGUUGGUAGGUUUUCCCAUCCUAAGGGAUUUCACCUGAGGUUAUAACCUUAGGAAUAUCCACUUUCUCAUACUAGGUGCCCUCCUAAACAAACAUAUAUACACACCCUUCAUGCUGUCAUUGUAUUCUGAUUUAACAGUAAUCCAUGGCAAACCUGGAAAAACAAGCUGCACUUAAUAGCAUAAUGAAACCAAAGGCAUGAUAAUUCAUAAUAAUUUUCCAUCAAAAUCAUAAUUUCACACUCUAGCUUUGAAAACAUUUUUUCUUAUGUGGAAAAUUCCCCAAAAUAUCUCCACUCGUCUCCCAAAGUAGGCAUGGUAAUGUAAUUACCCUGAUAAAACAUCACUCGUACAACAGCUGUGGCAAAACUGUGAAAAUAAUGGUAAGAAAACAGGCUUAAAAGCAUGGACCUAAAAACAGCAUUCUUUAAAGGCUUUUGUAACACUGGUCUCUGUCUUCAAUAACAGUCUAGCAAUCCUACUGUUCUGUAAUAUGCCUUUGCCUUUGUAUGGUUUCAUAUUUCUUUAGUAAUGGUCAACCGAACUUGGUUUUCAGUAACAAUUUAGGGGAAAAAAUAUAUAUACUGCUUGGUGUACUAGCUAAAAGGUUUACCAGUCUUCAGUGACGUGCUGAAGUAGUAGCAAUUAACUUGGCAGUUGACAGUUGAGAAUGAAAGUAGCAUGUCUGAAAAGUCUGAUGCUUUAUUAAAACCAUGUAGAUGACUUUAAAACUAUUGCAUGAAAAUACAUCAAGGCUAAUAAGCUGUUUUCAUACAGUAGAUGCGUGGUUUCAGUCCUUUGGUAAUAUAUCUAGUCAAUCAUUGUUUUCACCUGCUAGGAAAAAUGAGAAGACAGUGUAUUUCAUAGGCGUAGAGGGUGGGGUAUGAGACAUCAGAGAUUGACUUUAAGGAAGUUUCGUACACAUUAAUUUUUAAUUGCCUACAAGUUUCAUAUGCCAACAUAGGCUGUAUUCAGUUUUUAAAAUGAGCAAAAUGAUUUGACACUGAUAAAUUUGAUAUAUUGAACUGUGUCCCAUAUAUAGACUGCUGCUUGCCUAUGACCAGUUGGAACAAGAAUUCACUAACCUUCCAAGGUGCCUAUUCUAAAGUGUCUCCUAGUCAGAUUGGUAUGUACAGAUAAUUGGCAUAUAAGUGGCAGGAUAUAAAUUGGAUGAUGCCUGGUUACUGAGGUGCCUAUGCUCUUUGGAUCAGUUGGUGUACUUCUUGUUUCUUGUAAGAGGUUUUCUUAAAAUACGACUAGUUUCAUGUAUCUGGUAACAUAGAACUGACUGUACAUUUUACAUUAUUUCACUGUUUUAUAAGCUGGGUUUUUAGAAAGCACGUUUGCCAUUCUGUACAUUGCCCCAUAAAUUUUGGAGUAGUUCCUAAAAGUUUAUAAUAGAGGAGCCAGAAACUUUCUAAGCAUUGUAAAAUGUUCUGAAUUGAUAUUGACCUUGUUUGGGAGAGAGUAGAGUCAGGGGGUCUUAAGAAACAAAAGAAAUGCAUUGUAAAAAUGUAGUUUUAGAAAAGAUUAAUGAUGGUGGGGAAAAUGUUGCUAAUUUGUCUAUUUCCCUGGAAGAAAUGGGAAGUGUGAUAAGCAGUUUAAUUUUUAAGGAGCUGGUCUCAAUUUUAGUACUUUUUAAUUAUUAAAAGAAAUCAGUGUUUCCUUCAAUUUUGUCGUUGCUUUGUCACAGGUAUCUAGGGUUCAUAACCAACUUUCUGUGGCAACUCAAUUUUAUAUAGUCCUUUAAAAGGUUAUUGUAAUGUCUUUCUGGCAGUAUAAAUAAAAAGCAAGAAUAUAAGGCAUAAAAGAAUCAUCCUUUAAAAAUAUCAAUGAUGUAUCCUGGAAUGUGAAGACGUCCCUUUAUAGUUAAAAAUUGAAUUAUUUUAAUAUUGUAACAUUGUUAGACCUUGAAUGAGUCCUUGUUACAGUGUGUGUCUGUAUAUCUGUAAAGAAAAAUGACAAUUGAAAUGUUACAUUAAAAAAUCAGAAUAAAUUGGGCACUGUCUGUGUUGCACCACUACUGUAUCUUUUUGAAUGAAUUAACAGUAUUUUCCUAUUGUAAAAGUUAAUUCUGAGGAUGUUUUCACAUUCACCAGACAUGAUUUUUUUCUGUAUUAUUUGCAUCCCCAAAUAUUUAAUACAAGUAGAUUUUGCAUGGCUUGGGCAUUCAGAGAUUAAUAGAAAUGAUUACUCAAUUUAAAUUUCUAAAGCCAUGAAAAGUUGCUUUGAGACUGAACAAUUCAGAAUUCUUAUUUAUAAUGGCACCCAAUGUCCAAUGUUUCUUUUCUGUAAAAGAAUUGAUCAGUUUCUUCAUUAA